AUGGACCCUUUCACUCAGCGGAUGUUAGAACGUGCUAGGGCAAGAAGGGAGAAAUUAGAUAAUCAAUUAUCGAAUGCUGGACAUGAUGUUAAAAGAAGACGUAGUCCUUUAAAGGAUGCAAAUGCUAUUUUGGCACAGGCUACAGUCAUAAAGAGUAAAACUCCAACAAAGUCUCCUGCAAAACUGUCAAUGGAUAGUUCAUCUCCAACAAAAUCUCCCAGAAAAUCAGUGUCUAAGAACGUUAAUAAUGACACAGAAGAACAAGUAAAUAAAGAGAAUGGACAGUUUGGGCUAUGCAAUGUGAAGUCAAAGUUACAAAGGCUUGGCAAACUAUAUUCUGACGAUAGCAGUCGGGAGUUAAGUUCACCAAUUCACAGAACAGAAGAAAGAUUUUAUGCAACAGAAGAGGCCACUGAACAAAAACCAUCGAAGAAAGGGGCUAGACUUGACCGACUAGCAGCCCUUGCCUCAACAAUUAACAAUUGGGAAGAUGAUCUUUCACAUCCAGUUUUGGCGAAACCUGUAGAAAGCAAAGCGGACAGGAUACAAGCAAAAUUGAAUGAACAAGUUAAAAAUGCGUCAGAACCACAGCCAAGCACAAGUGGAUAUAACAAAGGAAUUAGAAACAGCAAAGGAGGUAGUCCCAAGAAGUGUGAACCAUGUUCAACAAAACAAUUAAAGUGGGAUAAAACUGUAUUAGAAACAUUGGGAAAAGUUGCGGGUUCUACGAGUUCAUCACCCAAGCAACUUCUACAAAUUCAAGAAGAUGCUAGAAAAAACGAAGAAACCGAUGACAAGAAAGCAAAAAUUUCUUCAAAAACUGUUAAUGCUAAAAGUUCCAACACUCCAGAGAAAACGUCAAGGAAUGCAACACCCAGCACAAGCAGUUCCCGAUUGGCACCAAGAUUUGGUUUCAAUAACUCUCCAAAAAGUCCUGGUCAAUCUAGCCCAGGCUCAGUACUGAGUAAAGCUUCUCUAUUCGAAUCUAAAAAUACAGAAGCUAAAGUAAAGGAUCCUGCUCAGAUGUCACUUUCUGAGAGAAUGGCGCUUUUUGAGAAAAAUAAAGGAGAAGCACCUUUAUUACCAAAAGCACCUCUUACUAUGUCUGUGCCACCGAAAAAGCUUCAAGAGAAGGAAAAGACGGGUCACGCAAACAAUGGAGGAAAAGCUAAAACCGGUGUUCCUAGCAACUCUGUCAAUGCUCAACGAGAAAAGUUUGAACAAGGUUUAAGUACUCAAGAGUUAGAAAAUAAUAUUUUGCGUAACACUCAUUUAGAGAGACAGCGCGAGUUGGAUAUGCUUCGGUCACGUUUUAAUAGAAAUAAAGAAAUGGCUCAAGCUGCUGCUGGUUCUUGUAUUAGAACAAGUGAAAGCAGCGAGGGAAAAUCAAAUUCUCCGAAAAAUUCUCCAGUUUGUCCAGUGAAACCAACACCCGCACCUGAUCACGGUGUUCCCCCACCUCCACCUCCUCCUCCACAACUAUAUGCUUCUAAUUCAAAACUUAUGCCUAAUCAAAACAAGAAUUCACCAGUGAAAAGACAAGUUGUAGGUAGUCCUUCAAAAAAACAGGAAGUAAAAACAGUGUCUGAUGUUAAACGUAUUCGCGUUGCUCCACCUAAGCCUGGACAUCUUUACCCUAAUCUAUCUGAUAUUGAAAAUACGACAGAGACAGAAACAGAAACGGAUACAGAAUAUACUGUUAAUAGUACAGAAGCAGAAACUGCUACCUUAGACGAGAAAACUGACACUGAGACUGGAACAGAGGCUGAAUAUUAUGUACAGGAUACUGGGACCGAGGUCGACAGCGAAGAAGACUGUGAAGAAGUGAAUACCAGUCUGGGCAGGAGUAUUUUGCGAGCAGUAAAUGAACAAGCAUUUUUAAAUAAAAAGAGAUCAAUUGAUCCAGAUCCAGACAGUACAACUUCCGAUAUUUCGGUAUUGGACGAGAUGGAUGAAUAUUUAGACGAAUGCCUAGCGCUGCAGGAAGCACAUGCUGCAAGUGCUAAUAUGGAAGAAGGGCCAACUCCACCUAAAUUAAACAAAGGUGGUAAAAGUCCAUCAAAUGUGUCAACGAGCUUCAAGUAUAGUCAAGGGUCAUUAUACCGCUCACCUGUAAAAACGGUUACCCCUUCAUCUUCCAAAAAGGGUGAAACUUAUGUCAUAGAUGGUGAUAAUUGCGUACCAUUAAUGCACAGUGUCAGCUUUUAUCGACGACAACAAUCUCAAACGCCUAAAACUCCCGUGCGUAUAAUAUCGAGAACGCAAGAAUCUACAAAUAUUGUUUCCGACGCGACACAAGUUGAUGAUAAGGACGAAUCUCUUUUAGUACAGAAAAAAGUGAAGCGUUUGCUGGACGAUGUGUGCAAACAGCAAACAAUUAUCGGCCAAGCUAGUCAAGCACUGAAUUUGUGUACUUCGACUGUAGAGUUCAAUGAUUCUCGAGAGCAAGUUGAGGGAGAACGAUUAUUACUCGUUGCUACGCACAGACGACAAGCUGCUUUAAAUGAAGUUCAACGAUUAAAAGUAGAGGGCACAUUGAAACCUGUUACUCCUGGAUCACCGGAAGUACAAGAAAGUGGUUCAUUAACGGUUUCUGCUAUUACUUUCCCUCUUAGACGAGAAUUCUACCGCAAUAAUAGUCCCGAUACGCGUCUUCAUUUUGUUUGUUUGAUGCGACAUUUGGAGGAAAUAGUUGCUACUCCAGUGGUUGUAGCAGAACAUGGCGACUCGUGUCUUCGAUUUCCAUCAACACUUAAAUUACAUGAUUUGAAUAAUGAUUUUAAAAUUACCGUUGAAAUUUAUUCCCUCCAAACACAAGCUGAAAUCUUGCCACACGAAAUAAAAUAUCACAUCAAUAAUUGUAACAGUAAUAGCAGUAAUAACAACAAUUGCAGCAAAAAACUAGCAAAUAAAACUCCGAAAAAAUUUUUGAAACAAGAUAGCCGAUUAAUAAUGCCAUCUGUUCAAAGUCCAGCAGGGCCAAAUGCUGUUAGAUCUCCCGCGUUCCAGUUGUCUGGCUACGUUAUUUUUAGUCUAAAAGAAGUGCAUCGACAACAAUUUACACUAAAUAAGGUACCACAACAGUCUCCAUUAGAAGGUCGAUUACAAAUGCAUGUCUCGUGCGAGCUUUCAGUAUCGGUGGAACAUAGAGGAUUUCUAACAAUGUUUGAAGACGUUUCUGGAUUUGGUGCUUGGCAUCGUAGAUGGUGUUUGCUGAAAGGAUCCACAUUAUCGUAUUGGAAAUAUCCCGACGAUGAAAAGAAGAAGACUCCUAUUGAGAGCUUAGAUUUACAAAGUGUUUCUACAAUGAACGUUGGAUUAGUCUCCAGAGAUAUAUGUGCACGGCCUAAUACGUUUUUACUUGAAGCAACUAGAACUGCAGAACCUGGCGACACUGAAAGCUUGAUUAUGAUUAGAAAUGGACAUAUGACAACAAUUAGGCAUUUAUUAUCGGCGGAUACAAAAGAAGAUAGAUUAGAGUGGUGUUCAAAGCUUAACAAAACGUUGAAUUUAAUACACGCUUGGGGUGGCACUUCGACAUUGUCGUAAUCUAAUUUGUAUUUCAGGACCUGGCACAUUAGAGCGUAUUAAAAUACGUUUACUAGUUGUUACUGCGCUUAUGGAUUUCCUAUACAUGUUGUAGAUUUAUGAUUUCCAAACAACGCAUCUGCAAUU